UACAAUAUUUAGAAAUUUCAACGUUGAUUUUACUGUUCAAGGACUGUGUGUUAUUCAUAGUAAUUACGGAUUAUGUUGUGAUGCACUUAACAUUCUUGGGAUAAAAGGACUUAAAAUGCAAGAAAAAAUCAAGUCAAUAUUCCGACCUGCUUGUGAGGAUCGCUUUAAUUGCUAUCAGUCAUCUGAAGAAGCCAAGAAAGCAAAGCUAAGGAACAAACAAAUCAGCAAAAUUCUGAAGCAGCAUAAAAAAGAAGAGCUGAGGAAACUGAAAAUCCUGUUGCUUGGGACUGCUGAAUCUGGUAAAAGCACAAUUACGAAACAAAUGAAAAUAAUCCACAGCAAUGGAUUUGACAUGAGUGAACGAUUAGAGAAAAUUUCGGACAUCAGAAGAAAUAUCCAACAGUCUAUUGUGGUGUUAUUAUCAGCCAUGGAUAAACUGGACAUCCCUUUUGAAAACGAGGGGAAUAAAGAGAGCCGAGAUUUUAUUAUGAGUGAAGCUGGAGACCCAGAGAGUCACAGACGAAAUGAAUGUCUGGAUCAUGCUGAAAAACUGUGGGCUGAUGCCGGAGUUAAGACAUGUUACAGCAGAUCUCACAAGUUCCAAUUGAUUGAUUGCGCUAAAUACUUUCUUGACAAAAUCUCUGAAAUCAAAAGUCCUGCCUAUGUACCCUCUGACCAGGACAUCCUCAGGUGUCGAAGUUUGACAACAUCGAUUCAACAUACCGAAUUCGAAGUCCCUGAUGGAGGUCAUCAGGUGAAAUUCGAUGUUUACGAUGUUGGUGGACAACAGGGGGAACGAAAAAAGUGGAUCCAAGUGUUUGACAGUGUGACGGCCAUUCUUUUCGUUGUGGACUGUAGCAGUUUCGACCAAACACUUCGUGAAGAUCCAACAAAGAACAGACUUCUGGAAGCCUUAGAGAACUUUGAACAAGUGUGGAACAAUCGAUUUCUGAAAUAUGUAUCCGUUCUUCUGUUCAUUAACAAAAUUGACGUCUUAGCAGAGAAAAUUGCCCGUGGACGUGAUAUCUCAGAGCUUACCAAAAUGUAUCCAGAAAUGUUCCCGGAUUUUGAAACAUUUACUCCAUCAAAAUCUGACAUCUUGGAGUUCCUGGAGGCCUAUCCGUCUUACAGCAGUGAAAGUCACAAGAAAUCCAGGUCCAUUUCACGCUGCGACGUCCACCCCGACACGGUUAAAACAGCCGCCUACAUUAAGCACCUCUUCAUGAAAAUUGUCAGUGGAGAGUUGCAGCUUAAAGAACGAAUCACAACACAUACACCAAACUGGCACGAUGGUCACAGCUGUGAAUACUUCUAUACAUGUGCAAUCGACACGAACAAUGUGCAAAGAUCUACUGAAGAAGCUAAAAAGGCCAAACUCAGAAACAAACAGAUCUCCAAGGCUCUGAAACAACAUAAAAAGGAGGAGUUGAAGAAACUUAAGAUCCUGCUUCUUGGAACCGCAGAAUCUGGAAAAAGCACAGUUACCAAACAAAUGAAGAUAAUCCACAGGAAUGGAUUUGAAAUUAGCGAGCGUCUAGAGAAAAUUUCUGAUAUUAGGAGGAACAUCCAACAGUCCAUUGUAGUAUUGUUAACAGCCAUGAGUAAAAUGGAAAUAACCUUAGCUCACAAAGAAAAUGAGGAGAGCAGACAAAUCAUUCUGAGUCAAGCUGGGGAUCCCGAAAGCCAUAGAACAAAUGAGUUCCUUGAUCAUACUGAAAAACUUUGGGCCGACGCUGGUGUUCAAGAAUGUUACAGAAGAUCUCACGGGUUUCAGCUGAUUGAUUGUGCCAAAUACUUUCUUGACAAAAUCUCUGAAAUCAAAAGUCCUGCCUAUGUACCCUCUGACCAGGACAUCCUCAGGUGUCGAAGUUUGACAACAUCGAUUCAACAUACCGAAUUCGAGGUCCCUGAUGGAGGUCAUCAGGUGAAAUUCGAUGUUUACGAUGUUGGUGGACAACAAGGAGAAAGAAAGAAGUGGAUCCAAGUGUUUGACAAUGUGACGGCCAUUCUUUUCGUUGUGGACUGUAGCAGUUUCGACCAAACACUUCGUGAAGAUCCAACAAAGAACAGACUUCUGGAAGCCUUAGAGAACUUUGAACAAGUGUGGAACAAUCGAUUUCUGAAAUAUGUAUCCGUUCUUCUGUUCAUUAAUAAAAUUGAUGUACUGGCCGAGAAAAUUGCGCGUGGACGUGACAUCUCAGAGCUUACCAAAAUGUAUCCCGAUAUUUUCCCAGAUUUCAAGAACUUCACCCCAUCAAAAUCAGAAAUUAUGGAAUUCCUUGAGGCUUUUCCAAAGUACAACACCGAUUUGAACAAGACUUCUCCACUAAGACAAGAAGUCCACCCAGACACAGCCAAGACUGCCAUAUACAUCAAACACUUGUUUAUGAAAAUUGUAAAAGGAGAGUUACAGCUGAAAGAACGAGUCUCCAAACGUGACUUGGAAUGGCAUGGUGGACAUAGCUGUGAAUGCUUUUACACAUGUGCUAUUGACACAAACAAUGUUCAGAAAGUUCUCAAUGGAUGUCGCUCCUUGAUCAUUCGGAAUCAUUUGAGGAGAUAUGGAAUACUCUAACUUCGUGAACUGUGAUACAUAUACAGAAAUAUGGACUAACUUAUGAAAAAGAAGCGACUGUGAUAAUUAAAUUGAUAGUUAUGCAAUAUCCUGACAUUCCGUCCACUAAUUAAUUCACCAGUUUGAUUGGUGUGUAUCAUCAGUCCCAAGGAUGCCUUAUUCAUAUACGGAAUUUUCCAUGUGAAUAGGGAUCCUUAUCCACAUAGCACGUAUAACGCCAAAUCAGGGAUCUUUUUAUUUAUUUCACUUUUGUUCCAUUUUGAACAAAUUUGAACAUUUACGUUUAUUGUUAUUUUACACUAUUUUACAAUUUUUUACACGUUGUUUUCUUUAAUAAAUUUCCAUUGUGAUAUAUUUGC